AUGACUCGGAGAAUCAGACUUCUUUCACCGCUGUUUACAGAGGUGCAAGAGCUUAAAAUCCCGCUUCUUCCAUCUGCAAUCCUGUGUUUUACUGAGCUCUUGUCUCUGAUGACGAAAGUGAAGCUUCUGAUUCAAGGAUGUACUGAAGAUAUCAGAGAACAAGUGGAGCUCCUGUGCAAGCAGGCGAAAAGGUUAGAUUUGUCAAUUGAUCCCAAAGAACUGGAAAGAAGAAGUGAGGUUCUCCAAAUAAUAGCGACUGCCAAGGAAACCAAUGAAAAAAACUAUGGUUUCCUGGAUGUUGAAAUGGCAAGAGAGCUUUUGAGCAGCAUUGGUUUGAGAAGUCCAGUUGAAUUUGCAGAGGAAACUUCAAAGUUGAAGGCAGAGGCAACAAGUCAGAGCGGUACAGGUGGGCCCUUAGUUGUUUCCAAAAUUAAUAGUCUUAUUUCUUUGCUUUCAUAUCUCAGGUCUAUGAUCUUUAGUUUUGAAGAGAAUGAGAUCAGUCUUAAACUCUUGAAGCAGAAAACUACUGCAAAGAAACUUGCUGCAUCAGCAUCUUCAUCUUCUCGAGCAAUACUGACAGAUAUUCCGAAUCAAUUCUGCUGCCCCAUUUCAUACGAGGUAAUGAUAGAACCUGUAACUGUUGCAACUGGACACACUUAUGACCUACACUCCAUUUCCAAGUGGCUUAAUUCAGGGCGUAAAAGUUGCCCAAAAAGUGGAUGGAAGCUGACUCACCUCGCUCUAAUACCCAACUACAACUUGAAGAGUUUGAUCCAUCAAUGGCACCAAGAUAACAAUAUCCCGUUGAACAAAUUAGCAGCAUCUUCCUCGGAGUUUAAGAUGAACAAAGAGGGUCAAGUAUGUACUGAUUAUAUCAGAUUCACAUCAGAAUUUUUAGUAGGGAAACUUGCUACUGCAUCUCGAGAAAUGCAAUGUAGGGCAGCCUAUGAGAUUCGUCUGCUAGCGAAAAGCAGCAUGAAUAAUAGGAAAAUAAUUGCUGAGGCUGGAGCUAUUCCAUUUCUGGUGAACUUCUUAAGUUCUCAAGAACCAAUUAUGCAGGAAAACGCUGUGACUGCACUGUUGAACCUCUCCAUCUACAGUAACAACAAAGUCUUGAUUAUGGAAGCUGCAGCACUUCAAAAAUUAAUAGAAGUUCUAGAAAAUGGGAAAACAAUCAAGGCAAGGGAAAAUGCAGCUGCAACAAUUUCAAGUUUGUCAAUUGUGGAUUAUUACAAGGAAGAUAUUGGAGCUCAAUCAAGUGCCAUAGCAGCUUUAACACGUCUAUUGAGAGAAGGAACCACAACGGGAAAAAGAGAUGCCGUUUCUGCGCUUAUUAAUCUUGCAUUAUAUCAACCAAAUCAGACUAGAAUAGUGCAUGAAGGGGCAGUACCUUUAGUUGUUGACAUAUUGAUGGAUGACAGGGCAGGAAUUACAGAUGAUGCCUUGGCACUGCUUGCAUUACUCUCAGGAUGCUCUGAAGGAAUGAAAGAGAUCACCAGAAGUAAAGAUCUCACGCCCUUUCUGAUUGAUCUCCUGAGAUUUGGAUCCCCAAAGGGUAAAGAGAAUUCAGUCGCACUUCUUUUGGGUUUAAGCAAUGAUGGAGCUGAGAUUGUGAGACAUUUGGACCCUCAAACCUUUUCCUUACUCCGGAGUUUGAUAGCUAAUGGGUCAUUCGAAACUCAGGAAAGGGCUAGUCUGCUGCUCAGUUUAGAGCUUGUAGCCAGGCACCAUAAAGACAGAAGUCCACAUAAUUCUGGGGAUGUGGUUCCUGAUAUUCAUUCACACCAUCCUAACCUUUUCUUCACUGAGGUGGGAAUGAGUGUCCAUUUGCUCCAAUAUAUGUAG